UCGGCUGAUCUCUCGCUGUCAUUCGGCCACGGUCGGUUCCAGGAGAGAGGGGCAGCCAAGAAGCACACACAGGAAUCGGCUGGCUCUGUAGGAAAAAAGACAGUUAGAUGAAAAAAAAAUAGUGAACAAUGAAACCGAUCGAAUAAGGCUUGUGAAAGAAGUGAAUUUAUCCCACUGCCACGUUAACAAAGCUCUUUGAUCAGCAGAUUAAAGCAGCAGAUAGAGAAGCUGUGUCAUUGAGCAGGCAGGACACGUCAGGAGAAGAGAGAAAAAAAAAAGAGCUGACCGACUGCACUGUACGAGUCAGCUACCAAAACCUCCUCUCAAAACCUCCUCCAGACCUCCUCAAGGACACCUGCUUUCUUCCACCCGAGGGGAAGACAGAGACAGAGACAUCGCCGAGGUCGAAGGUGGUGAUCAGAAGGACCAAACGAUCACGGGAUAGCAUUUGUGUGUGGGGGGAGAAAACAAAUGGGGGAUUACGGGUUCGGAGUCCUAGUUCAAAACAACACUGGCAACAAGUCUGCAUUCCCGGUCCGAAUCCACCCGCAUCUGCAGCCCCCACACCACCAUCAAAAUGUGUCGCAGAGCCCUGCUGCUUUCAUAAACAGCACCACAGCCGCAGGGAAUGGCACCACGGGAGGCUCUCCCUGGCUCUUCCCUGCCUCUGCCACCCACAACAGCGUGCAAGACGAAAUCCUGGGGGGCCCAGAGAAGCCCAAAGCUCAGCAGCAACAGGAAAUGCAAGAAACGCAAGAAAAGCAGCAGCAGUUGUCCCCUGGGAGUCACCAGGAGGGUGGAGGUGGUGGUGGGAUCAUUUCAGAACUGGAAAAAGCCAGGUCAGAGGACGUCAAGACGGACAGCAGCGUGUCCGAGGGGAGUAACGGGAAGGAGAAGCAGCUCCGUCUUGAGUCUCCUGUCCUGACAGGUUUUGAUUACCAGGAGACUUCUGGUCUUGGGGGAACUGGCCCUGUCCAGUCCAGUACAACCUCGUCAUCACUUACUGGCUUCAACAACUGGUCAGCUGCCAUCCCGCCAGCGCCGUCAACCAUCAUCAAUGAGGACGUCAGCUUCUUCAACCCCGCCUCCGCCAAUAACGGCCCCCUGCUGUUCCAGAACUUCUCACACCACGUCAGUCCCGGCUUCGGUGGGAAUUUCUCCCCCCAGAUUGGACCGGCAGCAGCCUUGUCCCAACACCACCCUGCUCCCCCGCCACACCCCCACUUCCAACACCCCCACAACCAACACCAGCAGCAUCGGCGCUCACCUGCCUCUCCACACCCUCCACCUCCGUUCCCGCACAGGAAUCCGGCGUUCAGCCAGUUGCCGCAUUUGUCUAACAGCCUGAACAAGCCCCCGUCCCCCUGGGGUCCGGCCAGCUAUCAGAGCCCCUCUCCCUCUCCCGGCUCCUCCACCUCCUGGAGUCCCGGAGGAGGGUAUGGCAGCGGUGGCGGCGGCUGGGGGGGAUCUCAGGGCAGAGAUUAUCGCAGAGGGCUGAACGGAGGGAUGACCCCCAUCAACUCUAUCUCACCACUGAAGAAGACCUUCCCCAACAACCACGUGGCGUCCCAGAAGUACCCUCGAAACAGUCCUGCUGGCUUCAACCCCAAGUCAUGGAUGGAUGACGGAGUCGGGCGCAGUGAUAACAUCUUCCCCUUUCAGGAACGCACCAGAUCAUUUGACAGCUUCAACAUGAACACGCUGGAGAGCUCCCUGAUCGACAUCAUGAGGGCCGAGCAGGACACCCUGAAAGGUCGCCUUGGGUUCCCACAUCCAGUAGGAGACAACCCUCUGCCCCUAAAUGGUCACUCCUCUCUCUUCCCCAUGGAGGAUGGUUUCCCCGACGAUGAGCGUGGCGAUCAGGGUCUCGCAGGCCUGGGUUCUCCUCACUGCUUCCCACACCAGAACGGAGAGCGUGUCGAGCGCUACUCUCGCAAGGUGUUUGUGGGAGGGUUACCCCCCGACAUCGAUGAAGAUGAGAUUACAGCCAGUUUCCGGCGUUUUGGACACCUGUUUGUGGACUGGCCUCACAAAGCAGAGAGCAAAUCCUAUUUCCCCCCUAAAGGCUACGCCUUCCUGCUGUUCCAGGACGAGAGCUCAGUGCAGGCUUUGAUCGAUGCCUGCAUCGAGGAGGACGGCAAGCUGUACCUCUGCGUGUCCAGCCCCACCAUCAAAGACAAGCCGGUCCAGAUCCGCCCGUGGAACCUGAACGACAGUGACUUUGUGAUGGAUGGAUCUCAGCCUCUGGACCCGAGGAAAACCAUCUUUGUGGGAGGAGUCCCUCGUCCGCUCCGUGCAGUGGAGCUGGCUAUGAUCAUGGACCGCCUGUAUGGUGGUGUUUGCUACGCUGGCAUAGACACAGACCCUGAGCUGAAGUACCCCAAGGGAGCGGGGCGGGUCGCCUUCUCUAAUCAGCAGAGCUACAUUGCUGCUAUCAGUGCUCGCUUUGUACAGCUGCAGCAUGGAGAAAUCGAUAAACGGGUGGAAGUGAAGCCAUAUGUGCUGGAUGACCAGCUGUGCGAUGAGUGCCAGGGAACUCGCUGCGGCGGGAAGUUCGCGCCCUUCUUCUGCGCCAACGUCACCUGUCUGCAGUACUACUGCGAGUACUGCUGGGCGGCCAUCCACUCCCGCGCUGGACGAGAGUUUCACAAACCCCUGGUGAAGGAGGGAGGUGACAGACCCCGUCACAUCUCUUUCCGCUGGAACUGAGCGGGCCGGUCAGAGAGGGAGAGGCAACAGGGGAGCAGGAGGGCAGGUAGUGCAGGAGUCGCAAAUCAUUGUACAAAUAAAUGCACUUUUCUGUUGCUGGUUCCUUUUUGCUCUACUUUCACUGAACCUUUUUCUCGUUUUUUAAGUUAAUAUAUAUCUAUAUUUUGAAGAUAGAAAAGAAAACUGGAAUUAUAUCCAAAUAUGUCCAGCAAGGAAAAAGAUGUGUAACAUAAUUUUAUUUAUGUGUUUGAUUUUUUGAAAUAUUUUUAUUAGUUCUCAAAAAACAUAUAUAGGAAAGUUUGAGGUGUGAUAUGGUACUCUGCUAUUCAAUUGGCAUAUUUUUCUAAGCUAUGUAUUCUAUUUUAAUUUUUGAUACCAGAAGCCCCCAGAAAACACACUUCAUUUGACAUUUUGAUUGACUUCUUUUGUAGCAGAGCUGUUUCUUUUCUUUGAUCCGGUCUCCGGAGCAGAAGUCGACGACGACGCGGCGGCGGCGGUGGCGGUGGCGUGUCGUCGGCUUCUCGCUCUGAGAGGUGUUUUAACUGAAACAAGAGGCUCCAGAGCAAAUGUGAAUUGAAAAAGGUGUUGCUAAAGAAGAGUGCACUUAUUUCCAAUUUAGUGCAGAUCCAGUGUAUGAGACCCUUAGUAGUUAACCAAAGCUGAAUCUCAAUGUACUUUGAGGAGCAGAGAGGGGCCCGCUGUAGAAAGAACUGAUUCUUUUCCCUCCCUAAUCAAAAUGUUUGAACCUCUCUCGUUAUGAUUUCCCAGAUCAUACAAAUGUUUUGAUGUUACUUGAAGAAAAAAAAAAAGAAACCACGACGAAAUUUUCUGCAACACAUAUUUGGGUUUUGAUCUCCAUUUUGACAUGCAAAAACUAAUACCUCAGACUCAGCUGCUAAUGUGCCGAAUACAGUUUAAAAAGAGAGAACGAAAGAAAGAAAACAUUAUCACCCGCUAGUGUUCUCCUUUCCUUAGAACUCUAAUCAAAGGGAAGUGAUGCAACAAGCCGAGUGUGAUGUGACUGGCACAGUUUUGUACUCACUUGCUUCAUCACCUCCUUAUUUUUGUAAUCAAACCCAGGGUUGUGCCGGGGACAGAGAAGAGCAUCGUACAGUAUACAGCGUAUUAGGGGAAUGUAAGGUAGGGAGGCUAUACGAGAGCGAGAGACACACACAGAGAGAGAGAGAGACAGAGAGAGAGAGAGAGAGGCCAAGUGCUACAAAGAUAAGUCCAGCCCCACUCCCCCCUCCUCAUGUCUGCCUGCCGCCUUCUGAUGCUAAGCUAGCAGCUAACAGAAAGCAGGGCCUUUUUUUAAAACAGAUGGAAAAACCUGCACACAGUGGGGCCUGGAUCCAGAUCUUUCGGGACUGAGGUGAAGGUAACUCCUUUGAGAGCACGCUGUUCAAGUAGCCGCCUUUUUAUUGCAGUUUUUUUAAACGGGGAAAAAUGCCUGUCUUUGAUAGUUUUUUUGUUUUUUCUAGUGCAUUUGUGCAAUUUCUCCCAAAAUCUUGAAUGAAAAAAAAAAAAAGAGUUCUACUUCGCAUCCGAGAGUCGGUCACAUUCAACGAAACGAAACGAAACGAUGAAAAAGUUUGUCUGCUUUUUGGAAUUGUCAGCACACAUUUGAGUCACGGAGGGAUCUGCCCUUUCGGCGAACCCCCUUCUAUGUUUUUCUCCUGCCAAGCUUAUCCAACUCAGCAUCCAGUGUUUUUGAAGCAUAAAUGAAGAUAGUCUCUGCAGUGUGCUCUACUACUACACACUCGCUACCCACAUGCAGUUCGCUCUUUGUAACAGUCGGUUGUACCCAGUGGUGUUUGGGAACCAAAGAUGGCUGUGCAGUAGUGGGUCAUACUGUAGCUCAUUUCUUAUUUAGGUUUUUACUCAUAUGUUCCUUUCUCAUUUCUUCAAGGACAUUUUUUUUAUACAUAUAUUUUUUAAAAUCUGUCACUUCUACCCAGUUUUGCUUAACUGUCAAGCCCAGCAAACCAAAGAUUGGCCUUGAACAUAAUAUAUUUAUAUAUACAUAUAUGUUUGACGAUGCAGUCAAAACCCAUUAAAACACCAGUGGAAAGAGAAUAGGGCUUGUAGGCACACACACACACACACACACACACACACACUCAAGGCCUCACACUCUCCAUCACUCAACAUGGAGGUGCACGCUGGUAGCCACUAGUUCUUUUUAUCUCAGAUAGGUCUGCGUGUUCGGAAACAAAAUCAACAAAGUGCACAUUCACAACGAAAUUAAAAAACUAAUCCUCACAUUGGUUUGACUUUCUCAGUCGCUCAGUGUUAACCUACUAGCCGAGCAUUUAAACAUGUCAGGGAGUUAGUACAGAAACUUGAUUAUUAUUACACACUAGUGAGAAACGUAUCCUCAUAUCGGCGGGUGUCGCUGCACCAGUUUUUUGCACCCUGGACAUUAGUUUUGUGGGUGCGUUUGGGUGAGCAUUUUAGAAGUUAAAACACUUUGUGAAGAAUUUGCUGUUAAAUGAAAAAAAAAGAUUAUUUUAUACAUGGCCUGCUGAUUUUUGGUACAGUGUUUUCUAGCUAAAUUAUUUUGUCAUGCACAUAUAAACAUUUAUUAUGCACUACUUUUCUAAAUAUUUUUUCUUUUUCCAACAGUCAUUUUAGGCACAUUUUUCACAAAUGGGGAAACUCCUUUUUGCAAUACCUCAAUUUUUCACAUUGUGAAAGGUAGCUUUUGUACUUUUGUUACUGAGAGAUCUGCAUAUAUGGAAAUGUUCAUUUUAAGAAAAAAAAGUUGAGUGAUUUCAAUAUAUAUUAUUUUCAAUUAUGCUUUUUAUACAUUUCAGUGCUGAGGAAACUUUACAACUAAGUGUGCACUUGUGUUGAUGCGACUUCAGAACUGCAGAGGAGAGACCAAAGUGUAUCGCUCUCUUGGUCUUGGCUUUCUCGUACACUCGAUGUGUUUCCAGUCAAUCUGGUCACUUUAACAGCAUGGCGAGAAUUUGAAAAAAAGGAAAAAAAAAAAACAAGAUGUAAUUUGAAAUCGAUGUUAAUGUCUCUAAACAUGGCUAUUCUAGUUGGAAAAUGGUAACUUCUGUCUCGGUUUCCUCUCCAUAGAUGGAGUAUAACUUAUUAUAAGGAGAAUGCAAAAUUCGGUUCACGCGUAACGCUGAAUCUCGUAUCACAAGAAUGGAUGUUUGAUGUUUAGAUAUUUUAAUAUUUGAAAAAAAAAGUAUAUAUAUAUUCUUGAACUUGCCAACUAGCACCUAUUGUAAUCCUUAGCAUGCAUGACAUAAAAAGAGAAAAUGACAAGUACAUGAAUUAGCUAUUAAAAUUAAUUGUUGUGGUGUGCACCAAAUGUUUCUCAACUAUUAACUCGUUAAGGACAAACCCCCCCAAACCCAGUCUCACCUCACCUCACCCCCCCUACACCUCCCCCACCCUCCCCUCCCCUCCCCCACGUGUUGAUCUCCUCGCUUCCCCAUUCGCAGACCUCUGCAGGAUGCACAUGACAGAGAGCUAAGACGAGAAACAAGACACAAACUUUAAAUCGAUUUGGCAGUGCAGGACUUUGAGCAUCCUUAUAAUAAACACUGUUUUUCAAAAAGACUUGAGAACUCAUCCCCGCUGUCUGUCGAGGUGAUCUUAUAUAGACCUAUCUGGAGGAAGGGGAGCUUAAAGACUUGAAUGUGGUAAAUGUUGCAAGUUAACUUCAAGUUGUUAUGUGCAAUACUUCUUUUGAACCUUUUUCCAGAUAAAGACUCUUUGCAAUGUAAUUCUUUAAUGCCAUUUUUAAUUGCAGACAUUUAAUUAAAGAAGAUGUUAAUAUGUUUUUCACAGUCAUUUUCUACUGUUAUUGUAAUCCUUUUCAUGCUGGUGUUUGUAAAAAAGAAAAGAAAUCAAACUAUUUGUACUAAUAUAAAUAAUUGAAGUUAUUUUUAAAACAUUAAAGGUUUUGUGCUCAUUUGCUUAUUUUGUUUAUUUUAAGCUACUGUGAUUGAUUGCAUUGUAAUUAUUAGGUCAACAAUGUAUUUAGCUGUUUAUUGGUAUAUUUUUAAUUGGAAUGUAUAAUUGAUUUUUAUAAUUUUGAUCAGAUUUUUGUUAUAUUUUUGAGGUGAAGCUUUUAAUAUGUUAAAGUGUCUAGUUUUUACUAAUUGCUAUAUUGUGCUCCACAAUAUAUGGUUCACAUUUUCUGAAGGAAAAUAAAUAUUUAAAUAUUUGUCUGUUAAUGAUGUUACUUAAUGGCAAGAUUUCAAUAGUUUUUAACUGUGUAUGGGAAGGUUGUUGUAUUUAUUAAUAGCAUUUUUUACUUAAGAUAUCACCUUAAUUUUUAUUGUCAUUUCACUUUAUAAGUUCCUAUUUUUGUAUUUUCCUUUCUAAUUAAGUUAUGUAAUACGGAUAUGUCCAUAUUUCUAGGAGUUGGUCUGUAGAAGUGCUAGUGAAACGAAAAAGAAAAAUCUAAUGUUAUUUAAUUGUUUGCAGCCAACUAUUUAUAACAGUAUGCAUAAUUUUUAAAUAUUUGUAAUGUGAAAUGUUGAAUGAAAUAAAUCUUAACUGUGAUGAA